AUGAGGCUGUCGAUAUUGAAAAAGGCGUCGCUUGCAGCUCUCGCUCUAGCGCUUGCCGGGUCAUCACAAGUGUCGGCUUGGUACCUGCCAGGAAGCGCCCCUCACUCCUACAAGAAAGGCGAUGAAGUCCCCUUUUCCGUCAAUGCUCUACAGGCCAAGGCAUUCACAUCACAGAUCAAAGGUGUCCUCAAGUACGACUAUUACGACCCACGCUUUCAGUUUUGCAUUCCACAAGGUGGACCAGAAGCCAUCAGCGAGAACCUUGGAAGUGUCCUCUUUGGCGAUCGAAUCUACAGCAGUCCAGUCAAGGGCGUCAUGCUCAAAGACGAAAGCUGUAAGGAGCUGUGUCGCACCACCAUCAGCACUGAGAACGCCGGAUUCAUCAACGACAGGAUAAGAGAGGAGUACGCUGUCAAUUGGAUGGUCGAUGGUCUGCCCGUAGCCGAAGCGCGUAGGGAGGUCAAGACUCACGAGGAGUUUCUCUCCCUUGGUUUCGCAUUGGGAAGUCUUAAAGAUGAGCAUCUCCGACCUUAUGACCCACCAGCAUUGCACAAUCACUAUGAUAUCUACAUCGACUACCACCAGCGCGGUCCGAACGAAUAUCGUGUCGUCGGCGCCCGUAUCUAUCCGCUCUCCAAGAACUCUCUCAAAGGCGCUGCAUCUGGACAAGCACCCAAUUGCGUUGCGGCAGACCCGGUGCAACUCGAAAAUUCCACUUCGACGACGGUUGCCUACACUUACAGCAUUCGAUGGCACGAGUCCCCAACACCCUGGGCAACACGCUGGGAUGCCUAUCUCAAGGUGUUUGACCCCAGGAUCCACUGGCUGGCGCUCAUCAACUCGGUUGUCAUCGUCAGUUUUCUGUGCAUGAUGGUCGGUAUCAUCGUCGCACGUUCCAUCAGCCGCGAUAUUCAUCGCUACAACGCCAUCGACAUGACCGAGGACGUUCAAGAAGAUUUUGGUUGGAAGCUCGUUCACGGUGAAGUUUUUCGUCCACCCAAUCGACCCAUGUUCCUUUCCAUCUUUGUUGGCUCCGGAUCCCAAUUGGUGGCCAUGGCUGCCGUCACACUCGUCUUUGCGCUUCUGGGAUUCUUGAGCCCGUCCAACCGAGGCUCGCUCGCUACCGUCAUGAUUGUCACUUGGACGCUCUUUGGCAGUAUCGCCGGUUUCAUGUCUAGCAAGGUAUAUGCCAGCCUGGGCGGCGAAUAUUGGAAGCAAAAUAUCGUGCUUACGGCUAUGCUCUACCCCAGUCUGGUCUUCUCUAUGGUCUUGCUGCUCAAUUUCUUCCUCAUCUUCAGUGGUUCGUCGGGUGCCGUGCCGUUCGGCACACUGCUCGCGCUUGUCGCUCUUUGGUUUCUCAUCAACGUCCCGCUCACUAUGAUCGGGGCAUUACUCGGCAUCCGUUCAGGCGGCUUUUCGCACCCGGUCAAGGCCAACUCGAUCCCUCGACAGAUUCCGUACCAGCACACGUGGUACCUUCGACCCAUUCCUUCAGCGUUGAUCGCCGGCAUGCUCAUAUUUGCCUCAGCUUUCCUCGAGAUCCUCUUCAUCCUCAACUCGAUGUUCGGAACCAAGAUUUACUACGCUUUUGGCUUCCUCACUCUGGCCUUUAUCAUCACGGCUACCACUGCAGCGACAGUGACGAUUCUCUUUGCGUACUUUCACCUCUGCGCCGAAGAUUAUCGUUGGCACUGGCGGGCAUUUAUGACGGGAGGAUCGGGUGCGAUCUGGUUCUUUGCUUAUGGCCUCUUUUUCUGGGUGACACGGCUGGAACUUCCUGGACUGGCUAACAAGGUUUUGUUCUUGGGCUAUCUGUCCAUCCUGUCGCUGCUGUUUUUCACUCUGUUCGGUGCGGUCGGCUUUCUUGCUACCUAUGCAUCGUUGAGGAAGAUCUAUUCGGCCAUUCGUGUAGACUGA